AUGGCCGUUACUGCAUUAUUGUUCCGAUACCACUAUGGCAGCUCGGUCUGCUUUCGGCAGUGUUAUAGUGUAACUUUUUAACUGCGCAUUGGUAAAUGGAUAUACCUAAAGCCGUUACAAUGGAUUCCCCAUCUUCUCCCGUCGAUCCUGAUAUUUUCCAGGCGAUGCAAAAUGUCGACGUGAAUUGUUUAUCUCGCAUGAGCGAGUCAAAGUUAAGACCCGUGUUGCCGGCUCUUGUCCGCAUGGCGCUCUGUAAAUCUGUCGAUACGAGCGAAGCUUGGGCAACCUCGCGUAAAACAGUUCUCAAUAUUCUCUCGAAUUUCGAUGUAGUUAACGGACUUGUAGCCCUCUUAUCUAUCGAUUUCCAUUCGCUUGAACAAGACGUGAAAAAAGAACAAAAUCUUCGGGAAAAGAUUGGAUCUAACCAGUCAGAAAGUGCUUUGAUCUCUCAGUUAGAACAAGGCCUGUCUCUGGAAUUUGAAAGAAGUGACUGUGCACAUAGAAUCCGUUUGGUGCUGAGCGAGAUAUUCUUCAUAAUUGGCCAGAUCAAAGAAAGUAAAGAUUUCUAUGUAAAAAGCUCAGAAUUAUUUGAAUGUGAAAUAUACCUUGAAGAUAUUUCUGAUGUCCUCUGUAUUGCUCAAGCAGAACUUCCAUCUCUUCUACCUAUCGUUUCCUUAUCUAAUGCUCUCUUGAGUGUCAAAAAUGGUUCGUGGCUUCUUUGCAGACUUGUAGCAAAUUCUCCUGAUUGCUUCCAUGAAGUAUGUAAACAUCUGGUAUCCCAUGGUGAUAAAGUCGAUGAAGAUUCAAUUGCUGGCCAAAGGCGAAUGACAACGCUGCAGAUAUUAUGUGCUAUGAAUCCAUCUGAAACGUUAACUGUGCGGUCACUAUGUGUUCAACAUUGUGCCAUGCCUGGUUUAACAAUUUCACUGUCUCUUUCAAUGAUCCGUGGUAAAAACCAUCACAAGAAUGGCACAGCUUCUGAUAUUGGAAACAAUGACUUGCUUCCUUUCAUCACUGGUUUACUGCUUGGCCCAGAUCAAAAUGUUCGCACUUGGUUCUCACAAUAUAUUAAAAGCGGUCAAAAGAAAAAGAAAGGCAAGAUGGUGUUGUUAAUCUCUCUCAGGGAAACCCUACUUGAGUUGCUACAAGAGAUACUACCAAAACCUCAUGAAGCAAUUGCUAAUAACCAAGUAAUUAAAGCCAGUUCAUUCAUCAGACUUUACUGUGCUCUGAAAGGAAUGGCUGCCUUCAAAUUCACUGAGCAAGAGAUGAAGCUGAUUCUCGAUCUCAUAACAUCACAACCUCCGCUGACAGCUGCCGGCGCUCGAUUUGUCUCCCUUGGACUCUGUUUCCUUAUUUCAUCUCCGUAUUUUAUGACAACAUCUGAACAAGAAGGACAAGUAACUGAGUGGAUUCGUUGGUUGAUGAAGUUUGGUGAUUCCUUUGAGAAAGAAACUGGUGGUACAUCUUUUGAGGAGCUCCUGUUUUUGAUAGCUAUCCAUUUCCAUAGUAACCAGACAUAUGCUAUUGCUGAUCUUGUAUCUGCUACAUUAGGCAUGAAGAGUCCAGUAAAAUCGAAUUCUCUGACAAAACUACGUUAUAUUUUUACUCAGGAAAUUUUUACUGAACAAGUCAUUACAAUGCAUGCUGUCAAGGUACCAGUCACUCCACAAUUGAAUGCCAAUAUGACUGGUUAUUUACCUGUUCAUAGUAUUUACCAAUUACUCAAGUCCUAUUCUUUUGCCAAACAUAAAGUACCUAUAAAAGACUGGAUAUACAAGCAGAUGCUCAAUAGUUCAGUACCUUUACAUACCAAAUUGCCACUUCUUAUUGAGGUUUAUGUGAAUUCAAUUCUUGUAAAGGGCAAUAAGUCAGAUUUUCAGAAUGAACCUAUUGGUGAACAAGAAGUGUUAGAUGUCUUUAAAGAAUCUGUGUUUACUGUCCGCUCAAACUGCAUGGUAGAAACUUCUAAACCUAAUCAAAAGACAAGUGAGGAGCAACCUUGCCUCACGCCACAACUUCUAAUGUUAUAUUAUAUGCUACUUUAUGAAGAUUCUUUGCUCAAUAAUAUGAGAUCAAUUGUGAGCUGCAACCGUAAAAUUAAGGUUUAUCCUGAAUAUGUGAUGGAAGAAAUCCCCAUAAAUUUUCUAAUUCAAGAGGCUCAGAAAAACCAACACUUUUAUGCUGGUCUAUUUUCUCCUCUUUUAAGGUUACUAGCAACACAUUAUCCACAUUUGUGUCUUGUGGAGGAUUGGUUGGAAGAGUCUGUGGCUCCAGUAGGACUACUGCCCUCUCUAGGAGCCUCCUCUAAGAAUGUAUGUACCCCUGAGGCCUUUCAGAAAGCUGUUGAUGAUGUUGCUAAGAAGCAACAAUGUCCAUUGGCCAUUUUCCAGCUUCUAGACAGCUUACUGUUAAUUCCUGCUCGGGAUUUACUUGUGUAUGCUGACUGUGUGGUGGCUGCAUUACCUUCCAUUUUGAAUGCUUCAGUUCCACGUCGAGUCCAAGAUCUAAUCAAGAAAAUUUGGUUCCGGUUACAUGGUCUUAUGCCUCGAAGGUUACGUCUCAUGACAGUCAACGCUCUCAGAAUCAAUCAUAAUGGUGUAAAAUCUGCUGUCCCUGUAUCAGAGAACGACAUCACUGUCGAUCCCCUAGUUGUUCUUCAGUGUGAUAACCGAGUAUUUAGAUGCCCUCCUGUAUUGGAAAUCGUGUUACGGGUUCUUGAAGCUUACAUACAGGCAUGCCGGGUGUUUCUAUCCAGUCAUAUAGCUUCACAUCCUCUCUUUGAGAACCCUGGUUUCAACAAUGCUCAAGAUCAGGACAAAAAGGACAAGGAAAAAUUACUAGAUAAAACUUCAGUUUCUUUAGAGCAAGAAAGAAAAGAACUGAAAAAUGCUUUGACUUCUGCACAAGAAAGUGCAGUAGUGCAGAUCUUAUUGGAAUGUUGCCUUAGACAACCAGAUGAAAUGAAAGAGACCAGUUUGCUAUCAAAUCUACGAGAAGUGCAGUGUUUGAUUUGCAGUUUUCUUCACCAGAUGUAUAUUGCAGAUCCUAAUCUGGCCAAACUUGUACAUUUUCAGGGUUACCCAAGUGAACUAUUACCCAUUACAGUGGCAGGUAUACCAUCAAUGCACAUAUGCUUUGAUUUCAUUCCAGAACUUCUCAGCCAACCUCAGAUGGAAAAACAAAUGUUUGCUAUUGAGCUGGCCAGUCAUUUAUGCCUUCAAUAUGCCUUGCCUAAAGCAAUGAACAUAGCUCGGGUUAUCAUCAACAUUAUGUUUACAGUGCUGGGAGCCUUUUCAGCUCACGAGCGUGCUGAAUUUCUUAUCAAAACGGUUCCGUCAUUACUGUUGAUAUGUCAAGCAUUCCCACCAUUGUGUGAAGACGUUACCAGCCUACUCAUGCAAAUAGGACGUGUUUGUAUUGCAACCCUCAGCUCAACCAGCAAUGUCAUGCAAACAGCUUUUAUCAAUAACAAAGACUCGUUUGAUCACUCUGAUGCAAACAUCAGAAAAGUUACAACAUUUGUCAAAGGAACUUUGUCUGGACAGUACUUUAAACUAAACCAAAUUGUGCGCGCCACAUUCUCAGAAAUAGUUCAGAAAGCUGUUGUGAUGCGAAAUAUUUACUGAAUUGUGCAUUUUGAUACCAGUAUGAUCUUGUAGAUAACUAACCAAAUCAUUUCGUCAUUUCUUACAUCUCAUGAUCAUUUCUUCUUCAACCACUGCUUGCAUACCAAAUCACUCUCUGUUGACUAAUCAUCAUUCAUACAUCAUACCUUUCAGUCAAGCAUACAAAACCCACCUCAUUUUGACCAUUGCCCACUGACAGGAUCAUUUCAUGACACAUUAGCCCUUUCCAUGUACUCUUUUGGAUACAUGCCAUUUCUUCACAUGUUCCUCCUUGGUUAUACAACAGAUCAUUUUUAUCCUACCCAUUCACUGACUUCUUCACAAAUUAUUUUAAUUUCCUCAUUGAUUAUUUGAAAUAAAUAUGGAUGGAUGGUUAAGUGAGA